GUUCGCCUUUUUCUUCUUUCGGCAACUUCUCUCUAACUAGCUUACCCUCUCUUUUCACUAUUACUAAUCCUCCCAUAUUACUAAUUAACGGCAAGGACAGAGCUCCAUCAUAUAGUGGAAGAAAAAAAAUCACAUUUAAUAUAUUAAUCUCUUGCUAAUAUAUCUUUGAUUUAUUAUCUUUAAUUCAGAUCAAUUAUAAUUACAUUAGAUUUAAUUAAAAAUGGCUAGAAGACCAGCUAGAUGUUACAGAUACUGUAAAAACAAACCAUAUCCAAAAUCAAGAUACAACCGUGGUGUCCCAGAUGCUAAAAUCAGAAUCUACGAUUUAGGUAGAAAGAAGGCCACUGUUGAUGAAUUCCCAUUAUGUAUCCAUUUGGUCUCCAACGAAUUGGAACAAUUAUCUUCUGAAGCUCUUGAAGCUGCCCGUAUCUGUGCCAACAAAUAUAUCACCAAGAUCUCCGGUAGAGAUUCCUUCCACUUAAGAGUUCGUGUCCACCCAUUCCACGUCUUAAGAAUCAACAAGAUGUUGUCGUGUGCUGGUGCUGAUAGAUUACAACAAGGUAUGAGAGGUGCUUGGGGUAAACCUCAUGGUUUAGCCGCCAGAGUUAACAUUGGUCAAGUUAUCAUGUCUGUCAGAACAAAAGACCCCAACAAAGCCACCUGUAUUGAAGGUUUAAGAAGAGCCAGAUACAAGUUCCCAGGUCAACAAAAAAUCAUUAUCUCCAAAAAAUGGGGCUUCACAAACUUGAACAGAGAUGAAUAUAUCGUAAAACGUAACGCUGGUGAAGUUAAAGACGAUGGUGCUUUUGUCAAAUUCUUGUCCAAGAAAGGUAACUUAGAAAACAACUUGAACCAAUUCCCAGAAUACUUCCUCUCUGCUUCAGCUUAAAUCCACUGAUAUUUGUAAUAGCAAUUCCUUAGCGUACUUUUAUAGUUUACUAAUU